AUGGCCACUGCAGCUGAGGACCCUCACCUGGGCUCAGGCCCAGAUGAGGAUGACUUGUCCCUGUCAGGGGGUGACUAUGAUUCAGACAGCCUCCUCUCUGAUGAUUCAGUUCUUCCUGACUAUACAUCAGAGUGUGAAAAUGGGCGCCUGGCAUCAACGUUUUAUCAAGCAUGCACCCGCAACGAGCCUGUCUCUCUGCGGAAAAUUCUGGAGAGAGGGGUCACAAAGGAGGAGGUCAUGGAGCUGGACAUCAACAACAUGAAUGGCCUGAUGGUGGCUUGCUGCAAAGGAUAUUUGGAUGUUGUGUAUGGACUUCUCAACUGUCCCUUCAUAGACAUUAAUCACCAGGACAAUGAAGGCAACACUGCUCUGAUGAUUGCAUCACAGGCCGGUCAUGUGAGCACAGUCAUGUAUCUCUUGAACUACUUUCCGGGUAUAGACACUGAAGUCAGAGACUGUCGAGGUUUCACAGCUCUCAUCAAAGCUGCUAUGACCGGUCGCACUGAUGUCAUGGCUGCACUUAUUAUGGCUGGAGCUGAUAUACAUGCAGUAGACACCACAAAAGGAAAAUGUGCUCGGGACUGGGCAAGAAAAACUGGUCGCUAUGACACCCUCUAUCGUCUCCACCGCCUUAACUUGCGGCCAAAAGCUGAGCAGUUCUGUGAGAGCUACAUACCUGAGUGGCCUGACCUGAAGGAGAGGGUAGCCAAGGCCACAGCUGAGAAAAGUCCAAGGGAAAAAAUUACCCAGCGGCUCAAAAACACAUUUGGAUUCAGAUUUCCUCGUGAUCCUGAGGACAACGGGUGCUUGGAUCACAUGGUGCGCAUCACCACCAGUGUCCACAGUCCCUUGGUUUGCACUGGAUGCCGUCCACUCUGUCCAACAAGUCCUCCUGAGGUAGGGAAGAGGCGGCUGGCAGUCCCAGAGCUGGUGGAGAAACACACAGAAAAGGCAUUAGAAGAGAGUUCAGUGUGCCACAGCGAUAGCUCAGUGUCACACAUCAUACCCACAAUCCAAUCUGCAGAGUCUAUCACUGCAACAUGCUGUGCCGACAGUGAACGACGAGGCAGCAUCCUCUCUCUUGCUUCCACCAAAGUUGCUUCUACGUUUCUGCCCCGCAGUAUGGCAAGACGAAACAGCGUGUUCCCCUCUGGCUGCAUCCCCCAGAUCAACAUCAGCAGGCCUACAGAGGCAACGCCAAAGAAAGAAAAGAAGAAGAAAAAAAUGGACAAGGGCUUCCUGGAGCCACCCAAGUGGAAGUACAAGGAGAUCAAGGAUGAGAAAAAGAAGGAGAAGAAGAAGGCUGAGAAAGAAAAAGAAAAGGCAGAGAAGGACAAAAAAGAAAGCAAAAAAGAAAAAGACAAGAAGAAGAUAAAAAAUUGA